AUCGAGCACCGUAGCAAUCACCAUGAAGCACUUUUUCAAGCUGCUCGAUCCGAUGGCAGUGAUGCCAUUCACGUUGCGCUGUUUGAGCUUCUUCGGACUUCGCGGUCGCCACCCGUGGCACUUUAGAGUAGGUAUGUUCCUCGUGCUGGGGCUCAUUACGGUGCCCAAGGUUGUGUUCGGGUAUCGAAGCCGGAUCGAUCUGAUCAUCCGGGGUGUGUCGGAGCUGCUGUUUGACGCGUUGAUUGACAGUCGGGUGAUCAUUUUCGCCUUUAAACGGACGGAGUUUGAGCGGUUGAUUACGAUACUGCGCAGGGAGUUCAAUAAAGUGAAUACAUUGAAUAGCAACUCUCCACUAAUAAAAAUUGUGGAAAUUUCCAAUAGAAAGAUCGACAAGUACUGCAAGAGAUAUGUUCUGUACGUGAUGCUGGCAGUUUCGUUAUUCUUUUGGCCUCCAGUGGCGCAGUCCGUUACAAUCUGGUACCACCAUCAGCACGACAGCAACGGCACCAACCUUGAACUGGUCACAAUUAUGGAACAAGAGUUUUAUUGGUUAGAUAUUCGAGGCAACACGAUUCACUACAUAAUUUACAUAGUUUUUGCCCUUCCGAGCCAUCACUACAGUGCUGCGUUCUUCACCCUUUCCGGGCUCAUUAUGUACUCCAGUAUCAAAAGCAUCACGACGCUAUUUGAGGUGGUAUCUACGAGGUUGGCAACACUGCACGAGUUGUGCAACGAUGAACUUCACCAAGAGUUGGCUGAACUAGUUAAAAUGCAUAUCGAUAGUUUGAGGUGUAUUGAAUUACUAGAAAACAUUAGCCACCUCGGAAUUGUGAUACAAAUCGUGGAUUGUAUAGCAAUAUGGAUACUAAUGUUUCUCUCUUUGAACGCUAACUUCAACCUAAAUUCAAUAAGUUUGUUAGUACUACUCAUCGUAAUGACAGGGGAAACGUACACACUUUGCCGUCUUGGGACAGAACUUUCUUCAGCGAGUCUGGCGAUCGCCGAUGCCAUCUACAGCUGCCACUGGAUCCAGAUGCCGGUGGACGUUCGCCGGAAGCUGGCCUUCAUGAUGCGAAUGGCGCAGAAGCGGAAGGGUCUUACGGCGGCCAACUUUUACUUUGUGGACGUGCAGCAGUUUGCCAACAUUGCCCAACGGUCGUACUCGAUCUUUAUUGUGCUGAAGGAUGUGAUUUAGUUUGAAGAAUGUAUACAUUACAAAUCAAUCAU